GGCCGGAAGUACCCGGAUAGAGGCGACGCGGCAGGGCUGGGCAGCGGUGGUGGCGGCGAUGGAGCGGGAAGGGGAACAGCUGUCCGCGCGGCCGGCCCUGGAGACUGAGGGGCUGCGCUUCUUGCACGUCACAGUGGGCUCCCUGCUGGCCACCUAUGGCUGGUACAUCCUAUUCAGCUGCAUCCUUCUCUACGUGGUCUUUCAGAAGCUCUCCGCCAGACUAAGGGCCUUGAGGCAGAGACAGCUGGACCAAGCUGAGGCUGCUGUGGAACCUGAUGUUGUUGUUAAACGACAAGAGGCUUUAGCAGCUGCUCGUUUAAGAAUGCAAGAAGAACUGAAUGCACAAGUUGAAAAGCAUAAGGAAAAACUAAGACAGCUUGAAGAAGAGAAAAGGAGACAGAAGAUUGAAAUGUGGGACAACAUGCAGGAAGGCAAGAGUUACAAAAGAAAUGCGAGAAACCCUCAGGAGGAAGAGAGUCCUGGGCCUUCUACUUCAUCUGUCAUCCCAAAACGGAAAUCUGACAAAAAGCCUUUGCGGGGAGGUGGUUAUAAUCCUUUGACUGGAGAAGGAGGUGGAACCUGUUCCUGGAGACCUGGACGCAGAGGCCCAUCAUCUGGUGGAUGAAACUAAGAUUCUUGUUAGUGUCACUUUUGACAUUAGCAAGAUCAUCCCUUAGCCCUUGAUUCGAUUGCCUUACGCACACUUUUCACAGUGACUAGCCCAGGGGAGGUGUGGUUUAUUUCUUUUCUUAACUACACCUGCGUGUUUAAGGGUUUUAGUCAGCAUGGGAUAUAGACAUUGCCAGUAGGUAACGCUCCACUGAAAGUCAGUCAUUGCAGUUGUUGAUUUCAUGAUUCAUUACUAGCUGGUAGAUAGAAGGCCUCUAGCUAAAUAGCAAUCUUGGUAAAAGAGGCCCAGCAAUGAUCUUUUAUGUUGGAAGUCCUUCCUAAUUAAGGACAGUCUCUGUGACAGGUUGCGUUGAAUGAUGUCUUCCUUAUAAAUGGUGAGCCCACCAGUGAGGAUUACUGAUGCAGAUGGUUGAUGGGGUUUGUUUCUGUAUAUUUAUUUUUAUGUACAGAACUUUGUAAAAAAUGAAAUUGUAAAUAUUUAAAACAAAGAAUGACAUUUUUAGCAUAUUUAUUAAAUUUAAGGAAAUUUCUUUAUGUGCUUGAAUUUGUCCAUUAGACAUUAAGCAGCUUUUUAACAUUCAGACUCCAAAUGUUUGUACUUAACUUCUUCACUUACUAUUUCUUACCAGAAAUGAGAAUCACAAAUGGCAGACAGCUACAGUAGUUUUGAAAGUUGGCAGAUUCUAUUGGGCUCAUGUACAAUAUCAGGAUCUUGUAGUUUAGUUACUGAAUUAAUAGGAUGAAGAAACAUCUUGAUUCAAGAUAACUUGUAGGCUGACCAGGUUCCUAAAAGCCCUACGAGUCAUUCCCAAUUUGCCAUGACUUAUUGAUUAUGUUCAUUUAUUUAUUUAUUUAUUUUUAUUUGCAGAUGGACAAAGUACCUCCAUUUCAUUUAUUUAU